AAAAAAAGGACCAACUUUGUAAAAAGUUAUAGCAACACAUAUGACGUUAAAUUGGUCUAUUACUCUUGGACUUCUAUAAAACAAGAUACUCCUUAUAAAACAACAUCUAUAAAACUGCAUUCAAAACGAAUCUGGUGAUACUAGCUAGUGUCAUAAAUGUUGCUACUUUUCCUUAUAAAUUGAUAGAAUUUUUAAAAUAAUUAAUUAGGAUAAACAUUAGAAAUAUACUUAUUAGUAGAUAGAGGUAGUAGAUAGGGAAAAAAUGUUUUGCAGCAGCACUAAUAGUGAUUGGAGCAGAGACUUGGCUUUUUCUGACUUGUGAGCAUAAGAAUUGGCCCGAGUCGUUAAAGCGGGAUGAUUUGACACGGUCCGUAGUCUAAAUCUAUUUACAUGUCUGCUGAAGACAGAUCCUGAGCAACGGAUGAUCUAACUUUUCCAAUCGUCAAUCUUGAUUUGCACCUGCUGCUAAGAAAAAUCUGCAACCAAGACGACAGAGAGGUAGGUGACGACGUGAAGUCACCUAUGCAACAAAUUGGUCGGAAAGGCGCGCGAGAUAUUCAGAAAGCAAGCACGUUCGUCCUGGCAAGGGCGUCCGAUCCCCGGCCAGUCACCGUUGAUGGCUUCCUCCCGGCGUGUCCUUCUGCUCCUCGCCGUCGUCGCCUCGCUGUGUGCCACGGUGGUCGGUCAGGGCGUGCUUCCGUUUGCGCCUUCUUGCUCGACUGCAGAUAACUACACCGCUGGCAGCCAGUACAAGAAGAACCUGGACCAGCUCCUCGCCGGCCUCCCCGCAGCAGCAGGAAGCAACGGCUGGUUCUACAACGCCACGGCCGGGGCGCCGGGGACGGCCGACCAGGUCUUCGGCCUCAUCAUGUGCUACGCCGACCGCAAUGCGUCGCAGUGCCAGGAGUGUCUCGCCGGUGCUCGCGCCGGGAUCAUGACGGUGUGCCCCGGAAGCCGGACCGUGCGCGCCGCAUACGACGCGUGCGUGCUCCAGUACAAGCCGGCGCCGCCCUUCGCCGGGACAGCCAACCUCGACGUGGCCUUCUACGUGACCUUCACCGUGCCCUUCCCGAUCAACCCGGACACCAUGGCCGGGGCGUGGCUACGGCUGACGUCCGACCUCACGGGGCGCGCUGCCGGGACACCGUCGCGGAUCGCCAACGGGAGCACGGCGUACGACGCGUCGUGGCAGGUGUACGGGCUGGGGCAGUGCACGAGGGACCUCAACGCUAGCGAGUGCAGCCGGUGCCUCUCCUCCGUGGUUGGCAAGCUGCCGGAGCUGUUCCAGAACCAGUCCGCCGGCGCCGUCAAGGCAUACAGCUGCUAUCUGCGCUACCAGAUUGGCGCCUUCGACAUCACCCUGCCGCCUGAACCGUUGCAGCCACCACCACCGCCGUCGUCAUCUUCACAGCCUGAAACGCCACCGCCACCGCCCCCAUCGUCAAGAACAGGGCUUGUGAUUGGCCUCUCUGUCGGCUCUGUAGCGUUCAUGAUUCUACUGGGCUCCUUGACUUGUAUUUCCCUACGACGGCGGCGCCGAAAGCAAGCUAGAAUCCUUGAGGGGGAAAGGGAGCAGCAGCUGGAAGAGGGCAGCUUCUUCGAUGGCGACGAUCCAACCAUGGAGGACGACUUCGAGAAAGGGACUGGGCCCAAGCGCUUUCGCUACGGCGAGCUCGCCAUCGCUACCGACAACUUCUCCGACGAGAAGAAGCUCGGGGAAGGAGGAUUCGGCUCGGUGUACAGAGGACACCUCAAGGAAUCCAACCUCGAGGUGGCAAUCAAGAGAGUCUCAAAGGGCUCCAAGCAGGGGAGGAAGGAGUACGCCUCCGAGGUGAGGAUCAUAAGCCGGCUCCGGCACAGGAACCUGGUGCAGCUCAUCGGCUGGUGCCACGGCGGCGGCGAGCUUCUCCUCGUCUACGAGCUGAUGCCCAACGGCAGCCUCGACACGCACCUCUACGGUGGCAACAAUGCUCCCGUGCUGCCAUGGCCGGCUAGGCAUGAGAUUGUGCUGGGACUGGGCUCUGCCCUUCUGUACCUUCACCAGGAGUGGGAGCAGUGCGUCCUGCACAGGGACAUCAAACCUAGCAACAUCAUGCUGGACAGCUCCUUCGCCGCCAAGCUUGGUGACUUUGGGCUCGCCAGGCUCGUCGACCAUGGCCGAGUUUCGCACACCACGGUGCUCGCCGGCACCAUGGGGUACAUGGACCCGGAAUGCAUGAUGACUGGCAAGACAAACGCCGAAUCAGAUGUCUACGGCUUCGGUGUGGUCCUCCUUGAGAUUGCCUGCGGCAAGCCGCCUCUGGUGAAGGCUCAGCACAAGGACGACGACACCAUCCACCUGGCUCAAUGGGUUUGGGACUGGUACGGUAGGGGAAAGAUCCUUGAGGUCGCCGAUGAGCGGCUGGAAGGGGAGUUCAUGGGCAAGGAGAUGGAGUGUGUGUUGAUCGUCGGGCUCUGGUGCGCUCACCCUGAUCGGAGCUUGAGACCGUCGAUCAGGCAGGCCAUCAAUGUGCUGCGUUUUGAGGCACCGCUGCCAAGCCUACCGGAGAGGAUGCCGGUAGCAACCUUCAUGCCACAGGUUGGUGCUUUCACUUACACAUCCUCGGCUGUGACCGGUGGCAGCAGCACCACUGGCACAUCUUCGGCUGCAACAGGCGUCAGUAGCAGCAGCGCCGGUACCAAUGUAUCAGCAAGCUCGACUGAAACGUCCUCCUUGCUGAAAUGAGAAGCUGAUCAAUGGGACUUUUCUUUUUAGACCAGAUUAGCGGUAGCAUCAAAUUGAUUUUUGACUAUCUGUACAGAAUACAACACCAGAAAUUCCAAAAUAUGUGUAUAUAAACAUUGAAAGUGGAACGUUAUGUCAUAUAUUAUUGCCUGGGCACAGAGAGGAGACCCUAAGAGAGUCAAGCAUUGAGUAUUGAUUUACAUAGCAUAUAUUCGACAUUUCUCUGUUUCGAUAAUUUACAUUGAAAACGCCGAACGCGUUGUUUCCCCAGCAUACCUCUUCAGUUUACCUGCCUUCUGCCUUCUUCCAUAGAAUCGCGGUAAAGCGCAAGUACAUUAGAUGGUCCUCCAUGAACUGCACAUAAGGCUAAACAGCGGUAGCAACCGGAGUGUCAGGGUGAGCACCCCAUUCAGUCCAUGAUCCAUCAUAUACUGCAACAUCUGUUCUGCCAAG